AUGGUACCUUACACAACACACAUCUUUGAAAACAUGGGACGAAUUUCAACAAGCCGUAGAACUAAUUACCCACCAACACCGGAACCUACACGUGCAUCUACUUUUCAACAGCUAUUAACACGAAAACAAACAAUGGAAGAAAAUUUUAUUCACUAUUAUACUGAUAUGAAAAAAUUAUUUUAUAGAUACGAUCGCACUAUGUCAGUUGAACAACAAUUGGAUCUUAUAAAAAAUGGCAUAAAAAUAUCAUUGUUAGACAAAAUUAGUGGUUUAGAAAUUAUCACACCUCAAAAAUUACUUGAAUUGGUCCAACGUUAUGAAGAAGAUCAACAACUUAUCGAUUCACGUACAUUCCCGCCAGCUACAUCAGAUACUCUACCACUCAGUUCGCAAUCGUCAACUCGCCCAUUCGCAUCGGCAUCACAAUCAUCUGCCUCAUCAUAUCGUCCGCGGCAAUAUUCAACUCAAAAUUAUUCGCUACCUUAUUAUUCAUCGUAUCUUUCAACUUCACAACCAUAG